CAACCACCUAAUUAAGCCGGAUUGCUUGAGAGAGCAUUCGCUACGACGUCUCUCUUCUUCAAGAACAUUUCUCCCGAUUCCAAAACAGUUUGUUCAGCAAUUGACUUGUGUCGCAUUCUGCUUCGUUUAUUCGGGCCCCUCCGACUUUUGAGUCUCCGAUUCUUUGGCUUGUUUUCCCCGCAAUAAUGUCUUCAAAAUCGUUCGUCAUUCGGACCCCCUGCUCGUCCGCAAAUAUUGGCCCUGGAUUCGAUGUCAUCGGUCUUGCAUUGUCCCUCUACCUCGAGCUACAGGUGACCAUCGACUCUUCCAGGACGUCGUCGCAGCAGCCACUCAAUUGUGUCAUCACGUACGAUGAUCAAAGCAACAGCUCCGAGAAGAUCAGCCUGGACCCGGAGGUUAAUCUGAUCACACGCGUAGCCCUGUACGUACUUAGAUGCCAUGACCAAAGAGCUUUCCCCGUUGAGACCCGGGUUCAUAUUGUAAAUCCCAUCCCGCUGGGUCGGGGACUAGGUUCGUCAGGAACCGCUGUGGUUGCCGGUGUUAUGCUGGGGAAUGAAGUAGGUCAGCUUGGGCUAAGCAAGGAUCGGUUGCUUGACUACUGCUUAAUGAUUGAGCGUCACCCGGAUAACGUCGCUGCUUCGCUGUUCGGAGGGUUUGUUGGAACAUACCUAAAUGAGCUCAAGCCGGAAGACGUAGCACGCAAAGAGAUUCCUCUGAGUGAGGUGCUUCCCGCCCCUGCUGGAGGCAUUGACACUGGUAAACGACCACCAGAACCGCCUCUUGGGAUCGGUCAUUACAGGAAAUUCCACUGGGCGAAGGAGAUCAAAGCCAUUGCCAUCAUUCCCGACUUCGUCGUGCCCACUGCCAAUGCCCGGAAUGUCCUGCCUACAAGCUAUUCUCGCGCCGAUGUGGUCUUCAACCUGCAACGAGCUGCCCUACUUCCAGCGGCUUUAGGCUCCUCCCCACCUGACCCGGACAUGAUAUAUUUGGCUAUGCAGGACAAAGUUCACCAGCCUUACCGGCAGACACUUAUUCCAGGCCUCACAGAGAUUCUCCGCUCCAUGACACCAAGCACCCAGCCUGGUCUUCUCGGGAUUUGCUUGUCUGGAGCCGGACCAACUAUUCUGGCGUUGGCCACGGAGAGAUUUUCCGAAAUCGCGGAACUCAUAAUUGCACGCUUCGCUUCCCAGAAUAUCUCCUGCAAGUGGAAGCUGUUGGAACCCGCUCAUGAUGGUGCCAUCGUGCAGCGCUGA